AAAAAAAAAAAGCGCCUCAUUCCUUCUUCCACCGCCAUACUGUAUUUUAUAGUAACUCUCAUUUUUAUUCCUCCCUUUUACUCCCGCUCGAGGAAGGUUUUCCUGGAGAAUGAAGUGCGGUUUGGUUUCCUUGUCAACGGAAGAUGAAGUGAACAACUGAACAUCUCCCCAGUGCAGGAUAACUACAGUAGUCCAGAGUAAGAAACUUGAUCACCUGUAUUGUGGGUCACAUGGUUAAAGCCAAGUGACCCAACCAUGACCGGCAAAACGCAGACCAGCAAUGUCACCAAUAAGAAUGACCCAAAGUCCAUUAACUCUAGAGUCUUCAUUGGCAACCUGAACACAGCCAUUGUCAAAAAAGGUGACAUAGAGGCGAUCUUUGCAAAGUAUGGGAAAAUAGUUGGCUGCUCCGUGCACAAAGGCUAUGCAUUUGUACAGUACAUGAGUGAGAGACAUGCAAGGGCUGCAGUGGCGGGUGAGAAUGCCAGGAUAAUUGCAGGGCAGCCCCUAGAUAUCAACAUGGCAGGAGAACCAAAACCAUACAGACCAAAACCUGGCAACAAGCGACCACUAUCAGCACUUUACAGACUUGAAUCAAAAGAACCUUUCCUGUCCGUUGGUGGUUAUGUCUUUGAUUAUGAUUACUACAGGGAUGAUUUCUACAAUCGGUUGUUUGAUUACCAUGGCCGUGUCCCCCCACCACCACGUGCAGUGAUACCACUGAAGCGUCCUCGUGUGGCUGUGACAACAACUCGCAGAGGCAAAGGGGUAUUUUCCAUGAAAGGAGCAUCACGAUCCACAUCAAGUGGGGCUUCCUCCUCAGGAUCUAAAUUGAAAUCAGAUGAAUUGCAAACAAUCAAGAAGGAAUUAACCCAAAUCAAAACAAAAAUUGACUCCUUGCUAGGCAGACUGGAAAAGAUUGAAAAACAGCAAAAAGCUGAGGCAGAAGCUCAAAAGAAACAAAUGGAAGAUAAUGCUGAUUUGAUUCAAGAGGAAUGCAUAUCAGAGAAUGCAGAUAACUCUACAGAAGAUCCAAUUGAAGGAGGGCCAGAUGCAGAUGGGGAUGGAGAAGAGAUGACUGAUGGGAUAGAGGAGGAUUUUGAGGAGGAUGGCAGCAAUGAGCUGUUUCUACAGAUAAAGUGAUGAGAUACCAUGUGUGACUCCCCUGGAGGCUGAGAAGAGAAACUUCCCCACACAAAAUUGUGAGCUGCGGUUUCUUAUGGCUAGCAACACCUUUGAUUCAAUUUGUAUGAAAACUUAAUGUACUUAUUAAAAUGAACGUUAUCGUUCAAAUAUUAGAAUUACCAUUUCUUAUAUGUUCUAAGCUGUACAAUUGUCAGAUUUUUAUGGUUUAGAUUGUAAAUGUGUUUUUUCCUCUGGCUAAUUAUUGGUAUUAUUUUUUUAAUUUUGAUGUCUUAAAGGCCAAUGUAUGUAUCAUAAUAAUAUGAAGGACAUAUUUAACAAGUGUGAGAAACACUGUAUACAAAUGUAUAUUUGUAAAAGCUAUUUUUAUGAUUAGCAUGUUUUACUGUUUUACCAUAUUUAAAGUCAGCUGAUAUUGCACUUCUUUGUUUAGAGCUUACUUCAAACAAGAUAAUUGUUAUGAUCAGUGUCAUAGUUAAAUAUGUUGUAUGGUAUUUUCCAUUAUUUUAUUUAUUUUAUUCCUCAAUUAAAAUAAUUAUAUUUACAAAUACAAGUAGCUGCUAAAGAAGUAACAGUAUCAAAACAUGAGAGCAAUUCCUUGGAUACCCUUACAAAUCCAGUUCUUCAGAAAAACAUUCUGUGGGGUGCCACCCACUAACACARUACUUAUGGCUGUACCAACAUCUCUCAGGUCAGUUUAUAUAUGGAAAGCUUGCACAAGAGUUAGUCUCCCAUAUAGCCAGGUAAAUGACAUACAGACUGCCAGUACCUGAGAGCUAGAGUUAGCUUACUAAUAAUAUUUGUUUUAUUUUUCAGCAGUAGAGUCUUUACACUCCUGAGCCCCUAAAGCACUCCUAAAAGCUUGAAGGUGGAAAAUAAUUAUUACAGCUGUUGUAGGGGGAAGUCUGAAAUAGAAUUUCUUAAUAAAUCAUAUUUCCUUUAAAAUGGAAUGGAUGCAUUAUGUCUCUUGUAUUACUCAGAUUUGAAGUGUAUCACAUGGGUAUAAGAUUUUCUUCUCUAAUGAAAGUAAACUUGCUCACCAUUCUGAAGCUAGACCUACAUGCUUUCACAGAUGGCCUGAAACAAGGAAGAUAUUUACAUCCUUGAGAGAUGUACUCACGUAUAGGAAGACACAUCUUUAUAGUGGUAGCAGAGAAAAAGAAUGACAUAAAAGCAACAGCUUUCCAAAAGAUGGAGAUAUUAAAUUAAGAAGUACCUUAUCCAGUCAAAUAGAGCAUAGUUUUGUGACAGUCUGGAAUGGGGAGUUGUGACUUUCACUGAUACGCAUGUCCUGUGAUACCUACUGUUUUUUCUGACUCCACAAAGAUGAAUCCUUGUCUUGCUUUUCAAUUAUUCUCUGUGGGCUAAAAGUAGAAGGAAAAUAAAGGCACCAGUGUGUCUCCUCAACAGAGCAAAGGUCAAUUUCUGUAAAAAAUAUAGGUUUGUGAGAUGCUAAGUUCACCAUAAAAUAAUGAGGGUGUGGGAGUUCAGGGACUCCAGUUAGAUUUCCAGCAUGGGGAUCAUCAUCCAAAGCACUGAUAUUUUGUGAAUGUCUGAAAAGAAAAUUAUAAAUUUUAAUUUAAUUAUCUGUCAUUGUGCAGGAAUUUACUUCUUUAGAAGAUCAUGUAACAGAGCACUUUCAGCUAUGUUUGGGCAUAUUAUAUCUAGUCUACAGAACUACAUGAGUCUACUUGAGCAUUAUCUAGCUAUUUACUUGAGGAAGGAAGUUUUUUAUGAGUAGUUA